ACAAUCACAGGAAUGUUUAGUUGCCUGGUCUUGCAACUUUCUCUGCUCUUAACCUCAUAUCCCUAUCCCUAUCUCAGGAAUUAACCAAAGGGCUUUAUGAGUGUACAGAGCAUGUGAAGAAGAAUUUAAGCGUGCACUUUUUGCUACCUGAAGCUGGAUAAUAUAUCAUGGAAGGGACAUUCACUGCUAAAUUAUUGCUGAUGAUGGCAACAAUAGUAAUUACUGGAGCUGUGCCAACCAUCCCAACCAGUGAAGAAGACCUUUCUAAAGCUCAGGAUUACCUUUCCCAAUAUUUCUCUGAAGUGGGCGUCACUACAGGUAGUGAGAUAUGGCGUGGGGCUUUUGAUUCCUUUGAAGAAACUCUCAAAAUUAUGCAAGAGUUUUUUGGCCUGGAGGUAACAGGACAGUUGGACUCCAACACCUUGGAAGUGAUGUCCAAACCGCGCUGUGGUUUCACAGACUUGGAUAAAUUCAAGUAUGCCCACUUUGAUGGGCAACCCAAGUGGGACAAGAAUGUGAUUACAUACAGGAUAACUGAAUAUACACCGGACUUGGAUCAAAGUUUUGUGGAUACCACUCUUGCCAAGGCCCUGCAGAUCUAUAGUGAUGUAAUUCCUUUGGAUUUUAAGCAGAUUCAAAGCGGCACUGCAGACAUAAUGAUCAAGUUCAUGGCUCGAAAUCAUGGAGAUUUUGCACCCUUUGAUGGGCAAGGUGGAGUCCUGGCUCAUGCCUUUUCCCCUGGUGAGGGCAGAGGUGGUGACACCCAUUUUGAUGAAGAUGAAAGCUGGAGUCGUGCAUCAUCAGGAACCAACCUGUUCUUGGUGGCAGCUCAUGAGUUUGGACAUGCACUUGGAUUAUCCCACUCUAAGGUUCGAACAGCCCUAAUGUAUCCCACCUACCAGUACGUUAACACAGAAGGCUAUGUACUACCAGAUGAUGACAGAAAGGGAGUGCAGUCACUUUACGGAGCCAGAUCUACAACUCAGCCGACAGAUAGCCCUGAUCCCAAACCGGAACCUGAACCAGAGCCUGACACACCUUCGCCACCACCAGACCGGUGUAGCCAAAAUCUAAUUUUUGACGCUGCAACUUCAAUUCAGGGUGCUCUUUAUUUCUUCAAGGGCAGCCAUUUUUGGAAGAGGACCCGCAACUGGGAUGGCGUCACUAUGAGGACAAUUGAUUCUGUCUGGUCAGGAAUCAACAAAGUUGAUGCUGCUUAUGAGUAUAAGGCUCGCAACACAGUUAUUUUUUUUGAAGGGGACCGCUACUGGCAAGUCAGAAGAAACACUGUCCUACCUGGCUUUCCCAAACCAAUCAGUGACUUCGGCUUGCCUUCAUCUGUCACCAAAAUAGAUGCCGCUGUCCAUGUUCCAUUUGUGGGAAGAACGCUCUUGUUUGCAAACAAUAAAUACUGGAGCUACCAUGAAAGGAGAAGCAGGAUGGAUCGUAGAAAUCCCAAAAAUAUUCGCACAGAACUACCCGGGAUUGGCUACAAAGUUGAUGCUGCUUUUGAGUAUAGAGGCUACCUGUUCUUUUCGUAUGGAUCCAGGCAGACACAAUACGAUUAUGCAAGAAGGAGAGCUGUUCGCACUCUGAUGAGUUCUGACUGGAUGGACUGUGAAUAAACAGUCACCCAAAUCUCCUGGAAUUUUAGUGGUUUUACCUUUGGUUGAUAUAAUUUCUUGUUCAAUCGGUUAUAGGGGGAUUUAGUUUGUCAGAAAAGUGUAAUCUUUAAAUGAUUAUCAGCAGGGGUGGGUAGGGUUACUUCAAAAUAGUAUUAUUCAAGUAAAAGUAGUCAUCCCAAAAAUGUAAUAAAGUAUUUGGUGAAAAGAAUUCUCAAGUAAUGAGUUACCGUACAUUGUGAGUAGUUGCUUACGAUAUUUAAUUUUUGAUUUUCCUCAGCACAGUUAUUUAUAUGAGCUGUAAUUAUUAUACUGUACUAUAGCCUAUUACGUAACCAUAUUAAGCCAAAGAAAUAAGAAACAAAAAAAAUCAUUUAAUUCCGGCGAGAGAAAAAAAUAAAGUCUACAGAAAUGAACUAUUACUCGUCCAAAGCGCAUGAGUGCACUCUAGUGGAGAAAACAGUUUGAAUAGUUGAAUAGUGAAUAGUUCCUUCAUAGUUCCUAUCAUAAAAUUAAAAGGAUGGUAUCUUUGGUUUUCUGUGGUCAAUCAGGGCCAAAUAAAAACUGGGAGAGAGGUUAAAAUCUGCGCUUUCGAGUCAUGUUCAGGGCAGCGCGCGAUAUCAAAUACUUACAUUUUUACAGUGCUUUAAAGACACCACGUGACUGAACAGGCUGCAUGAUCUUAGAACGGCAAGCUUGAAUCUGAUUGGUAUAAUGGAUUCAUGUUUGUCGACAUCUCAUUGUGAAACUGGUAGAUCUACUGUUGGCAUUGAUAAAAAAAGAGGUAAAAUCUAAUAUGUAGAAUAAAGAGGAUGUAUGAAAUGUAAUGAAUUUAGUGUAGCCUAAAGUAGCGGAGUGAGAGUAGCGUUUAUUCUUCAAAAAUUUACUCAAGCAAAAGUAAAAAGUAUAGAUUAGUAAAACUACUCUUAGACGUACAUUUUUCAAAAAAAAAGUUACUUGAGCAAAUGUAAUUGAGUAAAUGUAACGUGUUACUACCCACCUCUGCAGACAAUACGUAUAGGCUUUUUUUUUUUUGUAUAAAUAUGAUUCUAUAUACACAGAUCAUACACUGCGCAAGGUAAAAGGUUAUAAAGCCGUUAAAAUGCAUUUUGUUUUUGUCGACUGUAGCAUCAGGUAAUCUUAUUUUAAGCUGUUGGCAUCAUUCAAUGGUGCAUUAACGCAACAAAAAUAAAUGUGUUGAAGUGUGGGUCAGAAUAUUUGCUAAUAUUUUACCAUGCAAUCAUGCUUUUUUUUCAAACAACAACAACAAAAAAGAAAAAAAUGUAAAUAAAUAUACCAAAAAAAUUCACAUUAAUAAAGUAAUAAAAUCAACAAAUACCUGCAUUUAAAGUAAAAGCGCAGACACGGGCACAAAAAAUGCUUAAGUAAAAGUACAAGUAUCUUAAAAAAAAUACUCGAGUAAAAGCACAAAAAUACUUGCUUUAAAAUUUACUAGGGGUGUCAAACGAUUAAAAUUUUUAAUCGAGUUAAUUACAGCUUAAAAAUUAAUUAAUCGUAAUUAAUCGCAAUUCAAAUCAUCUAUAAAAUAUGCCAUAUUUUUCAGUAAAUUAUUGUUGGAAUAGAAAGAUAAGACACAAGAUGGAUAUUUACAUUCAACAUACGGUACAUAAGUACUGUAUUUCUUUAUUAUAACAAUAAAUCAACAAGAUGGCAUUACCAUUAUUAACAUUCUGUUAAAGCGAUCCAUGGAUAGAAAGACUUGUCGUUCUUGAAAGAUAAAUGUGAGUACAAGUUAUAGAAAUUUUAUAUUAAAACCCCUCCUCAUGUUUUCGUUUUAAUAAAAUUUAUAAAAAUUUCAAUCAAAAAAUAAACUAGUAGCCCGCCAUUGCUGAUGUCAAUAAUUACUUACACAAUGCUCAUGGGUGCUGAAGCCUAUAAAAUCAGUCACACCCAAGCGCCAGCAGAGGGCGGCAAAACUCCGAAAAACACAACAAGUACACCUUUCACUGUCCUGUCAUUUGAAUCUGUUUGAGCGGGGCAUUUAUGCGUUAAUUGCGUUAAAUAUUUUAACGGGAUUAAUUUAAAAAAAUAAUUACCACUCGUUAACAUGAUAAUUUUGACAGCCCUAAAUUUUACUUUAAAAGUAAAAAGAAAAAUUAUUUUGCCAACAUAUUAUAUUUUUAUAUUUUAAAUAUAGAUAUAUAACCAUGCAGAAUGGAAAAAAGGAAUAAAAUUGACUACACUGUAAACUCUAAACAAAAGCUUAACAAGCUAAAAAUAAAAACCUCCAAAACUUAUCUUAAUGGAGGAUGGCAAGCAACUAUCAGGUGCAUAUCCUCACCUACUGUACAACUGUGUGCAGCACCCAUUUGAAGGCGCUUUGCUCUCACUGUUUUUUUUAUUGGUCAAUAUCUUGUUCUCCUGCCUAAUUUCUCUUGUACUCGUAUUGCUCCCUCUAGUGUUCAGUAACAAUAUAAUUGCACAGGACUUAUUGAUUGCGCUGGAGACAUGAAAACAAAACUAUCAUUCACAAUGAGUGAAAAACAAACAAACAAACAAAUGUAACGUUUCAUGCAGGGGACAAUGAAUGUCAAUGGGUCAGUGAGGAAUCAUGAAGCAUUUCAACACAUAUGAAAACUGUACUAUAUAGACAAGUUUCCUGAGCGAAAUAUGGGCGGCGCCAUCUUGGACAAUGUAUGCCUCGAACGUCCGGUUCAGAAAAAAACAACAUGAAUUACGGUUGAAGUAAGCAGUGUUUUGACAAAGUUAAAACUGCAAAAUUACAGCAGAGGAGCUCACGGAAUCUCCAUAAAUGGAUUCAGCACGACGUAGAUAAGAUUGUAUUAUUGUUCAUAUAACUUUGUUGAUGAUUUGUGGACAAAAUUAUAACAACCUGUCAGCCUGUGUUGAUGUUAUAGAUUGAUACACCGGCCACAUGAGUGACCAAAAUGAGAUGAAAUUACACAUUAUACUGUAUUACAUUUGCCGAAUGCAGAAGGGCUGACACGGAUUUUGUUGUUACAAGGAAAUAGUACGAGGUAUGUACAUAUAAACACAAAUAGUAUGUCAUUCUUUUUUAUUGUAGAUAUUGAUAGCAAUAAAAAGCAUUUGCAAAACAUGAUUCCAUUUCUUGUUUUAAAACGAUUGGUGCACAGGCAAAACAGGUCAAUAAAUCACAAUUCAUGAAACUAUUGGAAAAAUAUUAACGAAGGUUGAGCAUACGAGGAAUAUUAGACAGCAGAGCUCAAGGGAGCUUCUCCAAACUUUCACCCGACAUCAUGGAAACCCUCGGCGGCAUCCAGAUGGACUUUAUCCCGCUGUCCUCGGUAAUUCCAGCUCCAGUAGCAUAUCUUAGAGUUGCUGCAGUUAAAAAGCUCGUAGUUGGAUCUCUGUAUCGAGCUCACGGUCCACUUCGAAGCGAGCCACCGCCUCCAGCCCCAGCCUCUCGUCACCCCCCGGGUAGAACGACGUAGUCUCGAUAUAUGUCCAUCAACUUACAGUAAGUGUUGCUGUGAGGAACAUCAACUUAUAUUUCCUCGCCUAACAAGAGUUUUCCACCUAUAAACAAACGAACAAAAAAUAGUAACACUUGGUUUUAUGCGGGUCCAUCCAACACGUACUGAUUAGCAACAGGCUGCAAGGAGUAGUUGUAGUAAAUAAUAUUAAAUAUCAUACUUACAAUCAUCAUCGCAAGAUCAAUAGCAAAGGCAACAAGUCGUUUCAUGUUCCAGAUUUUAGGUUUAGUAAUUUUGGAGCACACACCUUACAUAAGACAGCGGCAGCAUGACUACACGAACGCUCGGGACCCGCGAUACAUGAACGGCCUGAAGUUUGGACAUCUUCCUCCUGUAUUACCAGCACCCGUGGUUUGUGGUACGGAGCACAGAGGCACUGGCUUGGUUCUACAUCCCCCUUCAUGAAGACAAAAUUCCCGUGUUCGUAUAUGAGGACUCAUCUAACUUUGUGGCUGUGCAGGUACUGGAAUGCCUAGGAGCUUCCUGAUGGCGUUUCAAUCCACUGCCAUAGAGUCAAUAAAACACGAUAAUAUUUUAUUUGUGGUCACCCUCGGCCACUUCUUUAAGUUUUCUUCCCAUGUCGAGAUGGCAGAAGGAUGUGGUAUUCCGAAAUCCUAGUUUUUCAGGGUUUUUAGUGAGUGAUGCCACUCCAGCACCAUAGAAGUCAAUGGUAAAAAAAAUCUAAAGGCCGAAGUUAUAGGCAGACAUAAGGAAGUAAGCGGCAGUACCUUGGAAACUUGUCUAUACAGUAUAUAACCAAGGCCAUCGGUCUUUGUCAGUCACGUGCCCAAACUAGCGGACAUGCCCCCAGGCGCCAUUUUGGGUGUACCGUGGAUGUAAACAAACCCGAACAGGAGUAGCUGGUGAAAGAGUGAGUUUUUAAACUUUUUAAAAACUUUUUGCUCAGUCGCCAAUCUGGAGAGGGAUAAGAGGAUACUGUACAGGGCCAAACUUAUCAAGGAGGCCAGGGAUCGGUAUUUGGCAAGAUUAUCGACAAUCAAUAAUAUAGAUCCGUACGACCUCCCUACAAAAGUAUGGAGCUCCGACGCCACAUUACUGCCUCAUACAUUCCAGUAAGGCGGCGAAGGAAGUCCGCCAGCGGGUCAUGUACGGAUCGCCUGGCUUUGUUCCUUCGCCGCCUUACCGGAGUGUGUUGGCUCCCCGCUCAUUUGUCACGGU